ACCGCCGAGCCCAGGGAGGGGUCACGAACUCUGACCCCCACCCCCAAAUCCACAUACCCAGAAAGCUCCCCUUGUCCCCCUCGGCCUCGGGUCCCCCUCGCAUCAGCUCUCUGCAGCCCAGCGGCCGCCGCGGCGGGAGGGAUAAUUUGACAGUAGAUCAUGGCGACUAUAGAAGAAAUUGCACAUCAAAUUAUUGAGCAGCAGAUGGGUGAGAUUGUUACAGAGCAGCAGAGCGAGCAGAAAAUCCAGAUUGUGACAGCACUUGACCAUAGCACGCAGGGCAAGCAGUUCAUUCUGGCUAAUCAUGAAGGCUCCACCCCAGGAAAGGUCUUCCUCGCCUCUCCAGAUGCCGCAGGGGUAAACCAGCUGUUCUUUGCCACUCCCGAUCUGUCCACGCCACACCUCCAGCUCUUUACAGAAAAUUCUCCUGACCAGGGACCAAAUAAGGUUUUUGACCUCUGUGUCGUGUGUGGAGACAAAGCCUCAGGGCGUCAUUAUGGAGCGAUAACCUGCGAAGGCUGCAAAGGAUUUUUUAAAAGAAGCAUCCGAAAGAACCUAGUUUAUUCGUGCCGCGGAUCCAAAGACUGUGUAAUUAAUAAGCACCACCGGAACCGCUGUCAGUACUGCAGGUUACAGCGCUGCAUCGCUUUUGGGAUGAAGCAGGACUCCGUUCAGUGUGAAAGGAAACCCAUUGAAGUAUCCCGAGAAAAGUCUUCCAAUUGUGCGGCUUCCACAGAGAAAAUCUACAUCCGCAAAGACCUCCGCAGCCCGCUGGCUGCAACCCCGACCUUUGUGACGGAUGGCGAGACCACCAGGUCUACAGGACUGUUGGAUUCGGGGAUGUUCGUAAAUAUUCAGCAGCCUGGGAUAAAAACAGAACCAGCUAUGCUGAUGACCCCGGAUAAGGUUGAGUCGUGUCAGGGUGACUUAAGCACACUGGCCAGUGUGGUCACGUCUUUAGCAAAUCUCGGCAAAGCCAAAGACCUUUCUUACACCGGUGGCGACAUGCCUGUGGUGGAGAGCCUGCGCAAUGGGGAUACGUCCUUCUGUGCGUUUCAUCAAGAUAUUCAGUCCAACGGGGAUGUCUCCAGGGCAUUUAACACCCUCGCGAAAGCCUUGACCCCUGGAGAAAGCAGCACCUGUCAGAGCUCAGUAGAGGACGUGGAAGGCAGCAUGCAUCUCAUCCCAGGAGAGUCGAGCUACAUGGAGAAAGAGGGCCCGCUUCUCAGCGAUUCUCAUGUAGUUUUCAGGCUCACCAUGCCUUCUCCUAUGCCCGAGUACCUGAAUGUGCACUACAUUGGGGAGUCGGCCUCCAGACUGCUGUUCUUAUCGAUGCACUGGGCACUUUCCAUUCCUUCUUUCCAGGCACUAGGGCAAGAAAACAGUAUAUCUUUGGUAAAAGCAUAUUGGAAUGAACUCUUCACUCUCGGUCUUGCACAGUGCUGGCAAGUGAUGAAUGUAGCAACUAUAUUAGCAACGUUUGUCAAUUGUCUUCACAGCAGCCUUCAGCAAGACAAAAUGUCACCGGAACGGAGGAAGUCGUUGAUGGAGCACAUCUUCAAGUUGCAGGAAUUCUGUAACAGCAUGGUGAAACUCUGCAUCGAUGGCUACGAGUACGCCUACCUGAAGGCCAUAGUACUCUUCAGUCCAGAUCAUCCAGGCCUGGAGAACAUGGAGCUGAUUGAAAAAUUUCAAGAAAAGGCUUAUGUGGAAUUCCAGGACUAUAUCACCAGGACAUAUCCAGAUGACACCUACAGGCUGUCUCGACUACUUCUCAGACUUCCAGCUUUGAGACUGAUGAACGCCACCAUCACCGAAGAAUUGUUCUUCAAGGGUCUCAUUGGGAAUGUCCGAAUCGACAGUGUCAUCCCGCACAUUUUAAAAAUGGAGCCUGCAGAUUACAACUCCCAAAUAAUUGGUCCCAGCCUCUGAAAGCCGACAGCACAUUGCUAUGAACUAAGUUUACUGUUCCUUCUUGGGACGCAAGACACCAAAUCAAACUGUUGCUUCCAGGGCACCUGUGAAUAGUAACUUCAAGAGUAACCAAAAUUCAAAGUAUUUUUCCUUUGGAUUCCUUCAGAAGAAUGUAAGUGACUAGGCAGGGAUCUGAAAGUCGACUUCCUGCCUGCGCUGUGGGAAUGCAUAAGGAAUGGUGUGAGUCUAUUCUUGAAGAUGACACCCGAGACCGUCUCCUCCUGACCGCCUACACUACGCUUUCUCCUUCUAUUUUAUAAACAAAUAAACUAGUCAUUUCCCCCCAGCUGUGUUCUCUUCCUGUUUAAUUCCAUUGAGCUGAUACACUGUAAAGAUGAGACACCUAGCCGGAGCUCCCCCCAUCUUAUUCCUCCAAAAUGUAAUCCUUUAGUUACCAGGUCAAAAGAUACUUUAUGCCCAGUUAUAUAACGAUAAUUUUAUAACUAUGAGAAGUAAGAAAUGAAUAUAUAUUUUUGGCUUUUAUAAAUAUCCAGGUGUCCUUUAGCAUUUAACACUCGUUGCUGGCAAUGAGACAUAAGCCAUCUGUCAUUUGGUUUUUAGUGUUGUAUAUUACCAGUUAUGAGCACUUGUGUUUUCGCUGGUAGAAAAUUAGUUUUGAGAAUAAGACAGGAAUCCGGUUUUAAAAUGUUGGGUUUCCUGUGUUCUAAACACAGUCGAGACCGAACCCAGGGUGUGUUUUAUUUUAGAAUGGGAAUUAAAAUGGUUGCUUUUCCGAAAGUCCCACAGAAAGCACUUGACCUCUUCAGAGUGGGGGGCGGGGGCGCGGUCCAGCUUUUCCAUCGCACCCUGGCUUUUAGCCAAUUUUAUUAGGUCAUUUAAAAAGACUCGCCCACUUUGUUAAGUCAUGCACUUAUUGUAGCCAGUAUGCUUCCCAGAUGAGUUAAAUAAUUAAGGCAGCUGGUAAUUCAUGAAGGUAAAAGGAUAUUUGAUGGAUGUUGUUUUCCCCUGCUAGGGAGAGGAGGGCAGGUACAACAGCUGGAGUCUCAUGAUUUGCUACAACAAGCAUUUUAGACUCCUCAGUCCUCCACAUCAAUAUUGCACGCACUCAGUAUCCCUUUAUUCUGAUUACAUAAUGAAUUCCUUUGGGAAAUCGACUCUCCUGUUUGUUGAUAUUCUCUCUCCCCUCUUCUCUCUCCUCCCUCUCCCUCCCUCAUCCCUCUCUGCUUUGGUUUUCUGAGACAGGAUCUUGCCUCCCAGUCCAGACUGGACACAAGUUUGUUGUCAUCUUCCUGCCUCCAGCUUCCUUUCGCUGGGAUUACAGACAUGUUCGCAUGCUGAUAUUUUAUUUUGAAAACACAAAUGUAGAGAUUUUAUUGCAACCAGAGUGCAUUCUUUUUAUAAAGAUUUUUGCUGAAUUUUUCUAUGGGGAGGUGGAUUUUACCAAUAAUUAUAGAAACAAAGGUUUAAAAGACUUGCAAAUUUUAUCAGCUGACCAUGAGGGCUUUAUUCCCUGUGCAAUUUUGUCAGCAGCUUUAUUUAUAAUAAGCUGCUGGGGGAAACUACAAAAAGCAUAAAAUGCUCAAAUAGAACAUUUCCGUAGGGCAUGUCUAACCUGCAGCUUAACACAUCUGUAGGUGACAGUGUCAUAUCACAGUGUCAAAAUGUUGGAUACCUGGUACCUUUGUUGUCUCAGACAGUAAGCAAAGAAUUCAGGAAAAAAUGCUAUAAGGCACUGUACUGAUGGUUAUGGUAUUUCUUAUAUUUUUCCUGAUUAAAUUUGUAGUUAUAUUGGGGAGUGGUUUUGAAACUAUAUUAAAAUGUG